AUGGAGAAAAAAGAAGUUGUUGGCGGCAAAGAAUUCCUCUCUUUAUCAUCAGAACAAGUGGUUAAGUUGAUCUCCAAUGAAAGACAUCCAGUAUCAUCUGAAGAAAUAUCUGGUCGUAAUCAUGAACUAAGAAGAUAUGGACUGGUCACGUGUACCCAAACACCGGCCAGGAAAUGUUAUGGGUACAAAACUAUGCGACAAGAAGUUGUUGGCGGCAAAGAAUUCCUCUCUUUAUCAUCAGAACAAGUGGUUAAGUUGAUCUCCAUUGAAAGACUUCCAGUAUCAUCUGAAGAAAUAGUAUUUGAAUGUGUAAUUCGUUGGGUAACAUAUGAUUUGGGUUCGAGAAGAUGCAUUUUACCCCAAUUGCUGGAAUAUAAAAUUAUUAUUAUGAAGGUUAUCAUCAUAUAUUUGAGGCAUUAUAUACAAUCAACUCAGAAGAGCUUAUCCCGCAAAGCAUCCAGAAUACACCCAGACAUGGCGAAAAAGUAUGAUUCUGUUAUAUUAGUCGUUGGUGGAAUUGAGUCUGAAACCAGUAAUAAUUUAGAAUGGCUUGAUCCAAGACCGGACCAAUGGCAUUUUGGUCCAGAAUUGAUUACAGACCGAUGUCAAAAUAGUCUAGUUGUAAUUAACGAUAAUUUUGUAUUUGAUGUGGGUGCUAGUGCUAUUGAUUUAGCACCUCUUCGGACUGUUUAUGUGCUUGAUUUAUCUUCAGAAUUACCUUGUUGGCAACAAUGUAACGACAUGUUAGUUGAAAGACAAUUUUUAGGCGUAGGUGUCAUUAAUAAUAAUAUCUAUGCCGUAGGAGGUUAUAAUCAAUCAAGACAUGCUGUAGACACUGUUGAAUGUUAUAAUCCCAGUAUGGAUAUGUGGAGUCCAGUUGCAAACUUACGUGUAUGUCGCUUUUGUGCCUGUGUAGAAGUUUUAAAUGGUGUACUGUAUGCUGUAGGUGGCCAUGAUGGAUCUGACCACCUGAGUAGUGUUGAAGCAUACACACCAAGUACAGAAGUUUGGACUUCUAUUUCAGACAUACUUAUGCCUCAAAAAUAUGCAGAAGUUGCAUUAGAUGGUUUAUUGUAUGUCGUCGGUGGAAUAAAUGAAAAUUCAAUUUAUGAUUCUGUAGAAUGUUACAACCCAAACACCAAUACUUGGGCCAUGGUCACAGCGAAAUGGAAUAUUACGCGGAUUAUGCCCGGAGUAGUAACCAUUAAUAGACCACUACAUUUUACAACUUAUGAGCAUUUAUGA